AUGCGACCUCAACAACAGUGGUAUCAAGCGGCAGAUAGCGACCAAUGUCUUGAUCCGGCACACGAAGCUUUUAAAGACGCUAUCGCUAUUUUCAAUUCCACUAUCACUAAAGACAUGCGGAAGCGAACAUUGGCCCAACAAGCAACAUCCCUCGAAGACUUUCAAAGCACCCUCACCGAUGCGAAAUGUAAAUAUGAGAAUGAGAUCAAAGAGCAUAGAGUGAGCAAAUGGUUGACGAAAUGCUCUUAUCGGAUUCUUUAUUACGGCAACAUAAUGGACGUACUUGUCCAGCAUCACCCAGAAUACGUUGCGUUAGCAUGGGGGACAAUGAAGCUAAUAUUCACUCUUGUCGUGAACCAGGCAAAUCUGGUGAAGACUUUAGCCAAGGGAAUAUCUCGAAUCGCGGACUCGCUCCCCCGUAUAGAGCUUGCAACUAUACUAUACCCGACCAAAAGGAUGAAACAAGCUGUUGCUGAGCUUUAUGCCCACAUUAUUCGCUUCACCAUAAGAGCCCAGGAUUGGUAUCAGCAAAAUAAGCUGCGUCAUAUCUGGGGAUCACUAGCCAGGCCUGCAGAGCUUCGGUAUGACGAUCUUAUAGCAGAUAUCGAGGGCUGCACUAAGGAGGUUGACCAGCUCGCGACUGCUGGUGCUCGAGCAGAGCAGCGUGACAUUCAUUUGGAGCUGCAGGGCCUCAGUCAGAGACAGAAACACUCCGACACUGUACUGUUGGAGAUGAAGCAGUUGAUCAUUUCAUAUCAGUCAAUCAAUUCGAGCUCGUUUCUCGACACAAAUCAGCGACUUACUGAUCUGCAACUCAAUCAGAUCAUGGAAUAUGUCGGGAGUACUUCCAAGAUCGACCCAAUGAAAUGCUUGUUGCAUUGUAUUUCGAGCACCAACAGAAGAGGCCUGACCAGUAGAGCUGGAGGUCGAGACGACAGCCAAUUCUGGUUGCAUCCUAAAUUCAAGAGGUGGCAGUCACAACAACAACCAGCCCUGAUCAUGGUCAAGGGCGACUAUAAGAGUCGAUUGGAAGUCAAGAGAUUCUGUGGCAAUGUUGUGCAGAUGCUGCGCAAAAACAGCAUACCUGUCAUAUGGACACUAAAGACCCAUCAGGCUGAUCGUUCACAUUCCAUCUUUGUCGUAGAUAUACUAAGAGACCUAGUCCAUCAGGCUUUGCGCCUCAAUGUUUCUCUUCGUACUGAGCGUGCCAUAUCUCUCAGCUGUGCCCAGUUCCGCGCGGCUGAGACGGAAGAGCAAUGGCUCAACCUUUUGGCCAUGAUCGUUGCUACUCUGCCUCAACUGUACAUCAUUGUCGAUAUUGAAGCUGUUGACAUCAGUUCCGCCGACAAGACGCAUGUCUUCUCUUGGCUCUCUGCAUUUCAGGCUAUGUUUCGGAGUCUUUCCGUCAGGCAAGUCAGCUUACCCUUAAAAGUGAUCUUGGUGAGCUAUGGGUCAGCGACAGUACAGGAUAGCAGCAUCUCGGAAUAUCGCGACCUUGUUGUUCUUGCUCGGCAACUGCAAGCAACUUCUGUUUUCCAGCGAGGGAGGAAAAGUGGUAUCUUACGGUUGAGCGGUACGAUGCCACUAGCGAGAGGAAGUAGAACACAAACAACGAUUUCAUGA